AUGUCAUAUCCUCCUCUCUCUAGUUACGACACUUACUACGAACCCACUGCCCGGAGCCAGAAUCCAAGCCAGAGCCGGCGCCAGAGCCAGAGCGUCCAGAAUACGUACAAUCAUGGGAGAUCAACGAGCGAGACCUAUGCUAACGAAGCCUCAUAUCCGCGUGACGUUCGACAGGCUCACUACAACUCUUCGACGUAUGACUGGGCCGGGGAGACUCAACAGGGUUUUGAAAGUACUCCGAGUCAACAGCAACUCGGCGACUCAUCUCUGAGUGAUGCAAACGCGCAAAGAUCUAGUUUUGGCAAUAGACGGCAGUCGUCGGUACGUGAAUCACAUACAUCACUGGUGAGCGCCAUUCAAGGGAACUACCAGGCACAUCCUAUGAAUCAGACGACGCAAGGUUUGAACAGCCUGGUGCAUGCAUCAGGGUUGGAUGACUCUGGACCUCAGCGGCAGGGGAAUCAUAACCAGCAAUCGAGUUUAUCUCCGAGAUUGAUGUAUUCUAGCGCAGUUGGACCGGAUCAUACGAUGUCUCCGGCCGCCCAGAACAAUGUACUCCAUAGCAACUCAAACCGGCCCUCUGGCUAUGGGUACCAGAAUAAACCCUCGUCGGUGCCUAGUCAGUCGCCACACAUGUCUGCUGCAGCUACGGCUCUUGCAGCUGCAGUCAGCCGCCGAUAUUCCAAAGCAUCGGCGUCGCCGGUUUUUGAAGCUUCUAGUGUAUUACCCACCGAUGCGGCACCGCAAAAACCGGUCUCACCUUUCUAUCAAUCAAACCUGCCUCAAUCCCAAAGGCGACCUUCCACUCAAGCUCAGCAGACUCAUCAGCCGAAUCAGACGAACAGCGAGCGAGGCCAACGACAGGAAAUUUCGCAGGACCCGAGCCGCCAAAAUGUACGUGCUCCGAGUCAAGGAUUCGGGGUUUCUUCGCACCAACUUCAACAACCAAGACCACAGGACAACAGUAUCUCAAGACUUGUGACGCACUCGAUGGAGGAAUACUCUCAGUCACAAUACUCCGCGACAAUGGAGCCAAACAAUGUGAUGCCCCAUUACAUUGACCCUGCACAAGUCUUCAAUCCAUACGCCAGAGAACAUGAGAGAAGGCGGAAAGCGGCCGAAGAAGAGGCAAAAAGAAAGGCUGAGGAUGCAGCUGCAGCAGUGCAGAAAAAGGAACAGGAAGUUGCUGCCGCCAAACAGCUCCAGGAAGCUGCAGCAGCUGCUGCUGCUGAACAACGACGCAAGGAUGAGAUGGCAAAGCAGACGCAAACUGCCCCUGCGCAGACCGCCCCUGCAAAAUCGGAAGCUACAAACCCUAUAACGAAGCAACAACAACCUGAACCUCCACUAUCCAGUCAAAGAAUCUCUAGCAAUGGCGCUGCCCAAACUGAGCUGACUAUUGAACCUACCGAACCUUCUGAACCAGACAUGGCAGCCGAGCUGAAGGCGAUGAUGGAGAAGAUGAAAAAAUUUCGGAGUAAAGACCCUGAGUUGUUCCAAAAGCUGUGGGAUGAUCUGCGAAAGCCUACGGCUUCUCUGCAGCCCAAAUCUCCUUCUCCGGAAAUGGUCCAAGCUACAAGACCAUCAUCUCCGUCAAAUAAAUACAUUCCAACCAUUACAGAAGAUCGAACGCCCGCCAAAUUCCAGCAGCCGACACCUGCGCCGACAUCAGUGCCUUUAAACGGCUACAAGGUUAUAGUGGAAAAUAACCCGGAAGGCAUGCCUGAUCUGGGACGGUUUCCUGCUGAUCCCCGGAUACGGACGUCCUAUAACGUGAAAAAAGGUGCCAGUGCGGUUCACAGCACUCCUGCGCCUGUAUCACAAGGAUCUGCUCAAGCAGCACCCCCGCCGGAUUCACAGCCUGGGGAUAAUCUUACCAGUCCUCCUAUCGUACCUCAUCCCUCUGCAAGGACACAGCCCGCUGCGGCACUAGUAUCGGCGAAGGCGUCACAGGCAAUCUCUUUAGAGUCGCCUACUCUCACUCAGGGACUUCCACCGCGAGCGGUUGACGGGGGAACAGUUUGGCCUAAGGAGACGAUAAAAGCGCUGGCUGAAGCCGCCGUCAAUGCCUUGAAAUCAAAUCCAGCAAACAAGGGACUUGAGAUUACAUUAGCGGAUAUCCAUAAGAUGCUCGAAACAAAUCUAAGCUAUAUUGACCUUUGCGAAAGACUAGAAGCAAGAGGCUUCAAGUUUCAGCGAGGCCAGUUUGCACGUCAACUUUUGAGCAAGGUGCCACGCUUAAAUGAGCCCAAGCAGAAGGGUCCACCGACGCCAUCUCAAGCCCAGCUACAUACUUCACCGGGACAGCAGAUUCCACCAACAGUGCAACCGAUCCAGACCACUCUUCCAGCUGCGCCUUCAUCCGGAUUUGGGCCGCACCCAUUUCUUGGGCCACUUGCGCCACAUAUACCGCCACCGACCGGCUUUCAAUCAAUGCGUCAGACAAACGUCCAUCCCAUCAAUGCAGCUCUACCUCCAGGGAGCACACAGCCGCUUGCUCCUCGGAGCUAUCAUGGGCUUCCCUCAGGCGGAUCUAUGUACCGUGCGACUCUUCCGAUGGGAGCUUUAGUGAGGGCUGCUAGGCCUGAUGCAUCUGCUGUAAUGAAGAUCGCCCGGCGGGAACCACCACAGGGCACCAAGGAAGCAAUGGCACGAAAGCGCGACUUUUCAGAGAUCGUGGAUUUGACGGCAUUAAGCGAUGACGAAGAUUAUGUCCUGUCGCAUAAACAAGCAAAGGUUGCCAGUGCAUCUCCAGAGCAUGACCCCUUCGAGGAGUAUCAGAAAAGUCAGAUUAGUUCGACAGCACCACCUACCGAGUUUCAACCUCAGGGGUCGUUCGCGAAUGGGUCGAUACUUACAGAGACGACUCACGCCUCAUUCAACCCCAAACAGAUGCCACAACAAGGGUCAGGACGCGGCACGGCUCUGUCUUCCACGGUUCCAGCCCCAGUCUCGACCACAAGAAAGUCAUACAAGGCCCAAGCGAAACCAAUCAACAAGAAUGAGGCCUUACAGAAGUCUUACUAUAAUCCAAAGACAGUCGCAAGGGAUAUUCUGAUUGCGGCCGGCAGACAUCCAACAGAGAGGCCACUGAAUGCGCAUAUGGCUGGGUUGCUUGGCAGGCUUAUUGACAUUGACUCCGACCUCAGCACCUUUGAUUGGGAUGCUAUUGAUCCUGGAGGACCCGAGGCGCCACAGGUGGCACUAGUCGAGAUUCCCAUGGAGCCUCCUCGUUAUCAACUUGGACAUAAAGUGAAGAGGCAUGAAAAGACACCAGAGCCACGCUUACCGAAUCUGGACAAGCGUAAUGUACCUGCGCCUGAGGGGGAAACAGUCCCGCAGCAAGGGCAACACUUCACUCCAACGAUCCGUUACCGCGACUCAGAGUCGUCCUCACUUGCGCAGGCAUCUUCUGGCCAGCAUGAGUUGGACAAGAACACACUCAAACGUCGCCGACGGGAUUCAAGUAUCAGAUCAGCUACCCAAACACCUGACCGAUGCCGCUCUGUCCGCUCCUCCUCGAUCCGUACUGAAGACGACGCAAACCCAGUUCCCCAAAUGGCGACUUCUAUCUUCCCAACCGGUAAGAAGCGUGGACGGCCCCCGGGUUCCAAAAAUGGCCAACGCAGUGUCGCUGCGGUGAAACCUGCUGCAGACACGUCCGCGCCAAAUGCUGUCACUGGAGCUUCACAAUCUGCCAACCCCAUGUUCCGAUGCCGAUGGAGACUCUGCGCUGCCCACCUACACAAUUUUGAGACUCUGCAACAUCACGUCAGCAGGGCUCAUUGUCCUUCAGCAGAUGAAGUCCAGAAGAAUGGAUACCUUUGUUGGUGGAAGAAAUGCCGAUACUUGCAUGAGGAUUCGUCUGGAUUGGUCACGGCAUCAAAGUCCUUCGAUGACAAAAAGGCAUGGCUCAAACAUAUCGAGGAGGACCACCUGUACAAUGUCGCAUUGAGACAUGGGGAUGGUCCUUCUACCAAACACAUUGGUAAGCAUACAUCGUCUAAUUUCGAUGUCUCUCGAUUCUUGUUCGAUCCCAAGUCUAUACAGGAAGCUAGAACUUUUUCUUACUUAGACCCUCAGACUAUCGCCCAGGAUAGAGCCCGAUACCUUUCAGAUGAGCACGGCCGGAGCACAACGCCUGUGUCAUCAAUGAAAACCCAAAGCGAUCUCGAACCGGACGCUUUUACCCUUAUUAAAGCGGAUUCCGACGACCACGAAAUGACAGCGCAGCGCAGCUUCAUGAGGGCACAUCGCCAAACUGCCAAGAACAGCCCUAAAGCGCUUGCCGAAGAGACUUUAAGAGCCAUGAGUGCCAGAAAAACCAGUAUUGGACCAGGAUUGGAAAGAGCCGGGGCUAUAUUGGUCACCGAAGAGAGGAGGAAGACAUUGAUUCAAAACCAAGGCCUCGCCAGGGUCGUGGAUUUUGAUUAUUGA